AUGACUCUUGACGCGGGUCCAUUUGAGGGAUUGUUGACCAAGCUAGAUGCUACUAUUUAUGUCGGAGGCCUGGACGAGAAAGUUACGGAGAAUGUACUGUGGGAGCUGAUGGUUCAGGCUGGUCCUGUUACGAGUGUAAAUAUGCCAAAGGAUCGUGUGACAGCGAAUCAUCAAGGGUUUGUACUAGUUUCUUCUCUGGUCACCGUUUGA